AAGUAACAUGACUUGUCCCCCCAAUUUUGCAGAAAUUUUAUCAUUGCUCUUAUUCUAUUUGUAUGUAUCGCUGAACACUUGAUCUUUCGAGAGACGCAGCAAGCGAGCAAGGGAGAGAGACGGAGAUAUGGAAGGCGACGUUGACAUGGCCGGAGUAGACAACGGGGCAGUCGAACUGGACGACAUGAAAAAGCGAUUGAAGGAGAUGGAAGAUGAAGCGGCCGCUCUGCGGGAGAUGCAGGCAAAGGUCGAGAAGGAAAUGGGUUCUGUACAAGAUCCUGCUACUGCGGCUGCGGCACAAGCUAGUAGAGAGGAAGUAGAUUCUCGAUCAGUGUUUGUUGGUAAUGUUGACUAUUCCUGUACGCCUGAAGAAGUGCAGCAGCAUUUCCAGUCAUGUGGAACUAUAAAUAGAAUUACCAUUCGAACUAACAAAUUUGGCCAACCAAAAGGUUAUGCUUAUGUCGAAUUCCUUGAAACAGAGGCUGUUCAAGAGGCUCUCCUCUUAAACGAAUCCGAACUACAUGGGCGCCAGUUGAAGGUACUAGCAAAGCGGACCAACAUUCCUGGGAUGAAGCAAUAUCGUCCGCGGCGGGCCAAUCCUUUCAUGGGUUAUCGGUCUAGGACGCCAUAUAUGGUUCCUUAUUUUAAUUCCCCGUAUGGGUAUGGGAAGGCUCCCAGAUACAGAAUGCCCAUGCGUUACAGUCCCUACUUCUGAAGGUUCACCUUUGUAUGAGAGGACGGGCAGUUCAAAAAAAUAUGCUCUUCCUGCCACAAUGGAUGAGCACCUUUGGGGGAGAUCUUUAUGAGACGUUUGUGGCUUUUAUGGUGACUUGAGCAUUUGUUAAGAGUUUGAUGUUAUUUCCAUGUAAUUUAUUAAGCUUGCUUAUACCACCCUGUUGCUCUGCUCUAAA